CUUCACGUUUACUCCACAAUUCGAUUGCCAGAUUCAAAAGAAAUAGUAAGAAGAACAAAUAAUAAUAAUAAGAACAACUAACACUAAUAACAAUAACAGCAAAAAGGUCCUUGAGAUAUUUUCUCAAAGCCCUCAUCAUUCCAUUUCAUUUCUUUGUAGAAUUUAGAUCCUUAGGUUAGGUAUUACAAUGGAGGACGAGAAAAAGCCAUUGACGGCCGCGACGGAACCUCCUAACAAACAAGUUCAAGAAAUUGAAGAAGAAAGCAGAAUAAUUGAAGAAGCACCGUCAAAAAGUAGCGGAGGAGGAGGAGGAGGCUGGGGUGGUUGGGGAUUCUCAGCGUUUUCUGUUCUCUCAGAUCUCCAGAAAGCAGCCGAAGAGAUCUCCCGAAAUGCUGCUGCUGCUGCUCAGACAGCAGCUAAAAGCAUUGUAGACUUGAAAAAUGAAGAUGAGCAUGGGGAGCCUUCCAAGGAGAAAGAAGUAGGAGAUUCUGCAGAAGAAAGUGAAAGCGAAGACGACAAUGAUAAGUUACGAAAAUCUGCUUUGGAUAAAUUAGAGAAGGCUAGCGAGGAUUCAGUUUUUGGCCAGGGCUUAAAGGUUCUAGAUACUUCUGUGGAGAAUAUAGCUUCAGGAGCAUGGAAAGCCCUGGGAAGUGCAUUAAGAGGGGGCAGCGAUUUUGUUCACAAGCUUGAGAACUCAGCUGCAAAUAUUGCUGAAACCAUUCAACAUCAAGGAAUACCAGCAGCAGCUGGUUCUGUUGCACCAUCGUUGUUGGAGAGAGGGAAAGCUCUCACAACAAAGGGAAUGGAAGUUCUUGAGCUUGUUGGAAGGGAAACCAUGGAUUUACUGAUUACAGAGACUGGCAUUGAAGUUGAGAAGACCUCUAAUGAGAGCGAACCACAGGCCAAGGAGGAUCAUUUAGAAGAUGAUGAAGUAACAUUUGAUCGAUGCUUUUAUAUAUAUGGAGGUCCAGAACAGUUAGAGGAGUUGGAGGCCCUAUCCAACCACUAUACUUUAUUAUAUAACCGAAGGAAAGGAAAACUAUCUCAGGACCAGAAAUCUGUACUUGAUGGAAAGCUUAAACAGGUCCAACAAAUUUUUAGUUUGGGUAAUGCAAUUGAAGGAAACAGUUCAAAAUCAGAAAAAGGUAAAAAGUUGGAAGUUGGGGAAGAGGGAAAUGAUGAGAUGAAGAGUUUAUAUGAUUCUAGUGUCAGCAAGGCUGCUGAAAUGGCUGCGGGGUAUGGAAGUUCCAUAGCCGAACUUGCUGUUCCUGAAAUAAUGCAGAGGACCGUUGACAAAUUAGAAUCACUUCAUUCAGAAGGAAUUCAUAGGCUCUCAGAAAUGUGUUAUUUUGCGGUGUCUCAAUUGCUGAUGCUUGGAAAAUCCAUUAUAACAAAUGCUAACAAAGUCGAGGAUGAUGACGAUGAUGAGGAUGCUGUAAAAAUCCAAUGGCCCGAAGAUUCUGUUGAAAAAGCUGAAAUCAUUAGAUUAAAGGCUUUAUCCAUGAUAGAAUAUGUAGAUGCACUAUCCAAAAGCUUCAUUACAGGUCUUUCUGAUGUGUCGAAGGCAUAUCAAGCUGCCUUGAGCGCUGCCCCAUCUGAUUCUCACAAAAGUCCUCUGCAAAAAUCAGUACAAGACAAGGCCAAUGCCUUCUCCGAGCAUCUUCAGGCCGAUCAAACCACAGCUUUCUGCAAAAUCCAGGAUGGCCUUCAAUACUUGUCUUAUCUUGUUCUCUCAACCUCAAUGCCAGCUGCUUAAUUAAUCGUAGGCCCCAAACAUUUUCGUGAGCAUUUCCUCCCCUAGUUACUGUAAAUAGCUGCACUUGAGAUUGAGUUCGAUCCCUACUCGCUUAAUGUAAACUUUGUGCAGCGGUUUCGGCAUUGAAACUCAUGAAUUUGGAGCAAAGGUUUUUUCUAUUUGAUCCAAGUUUCUGCUGGUA